AUGACUGGAUGUUUUUGGUUUUACCACGCGAGUAAAGUGAUCGGAGAAGCAGCAUUCUCAUUGACUGAAUCUUCUCUCUGGAGUAUUGCUCUUAUAAUUGAUCCAUUGACAAAUGUGAUUUUGGAUAGAACUGUAUCUAAACAAGCUGUAAGGCAGCAAAAUAAAACUGACAUGACUAGUAGUGUUAGCACUGGAAAGAUUCCAUUCGGAACUCUUUUCCCAUAA